UACCUUGUCCUUAAUGGUAGGUCAAGCUACGCAGGCACUGAAGAUGAAGCAAGAAUAUCUGGGUAUGGUAUUGCCAAUAACAAUUACAUCAAUAUGGUGGUGGAGUUGUCUGAUCAGAGGCGUUGAUGCAAGCCCACAGAUCAAUCUACUAAACAAGGGCUGCAGCCAAUACAAUGCCACAAACUUGCCUGACUUCUAUACCAAUCUCAACGCCACUUUCUCAGACCUCAAAACACAGCUCAACAAAAACAGCACCCACUUUGCCACGGCACAGCAGGCCAGGGGUUCGGAUCCCGUCUACGCCAUGGUGCAGUGCAGGAACUACCUCUCCGCCGCUGACUGCGCUGCUUGCUUCGCCGCCGCGGUGUCCCAAAUUCGCAACUGCUCCGCGGCCAACGGUGCCCGUGUCAUCUACGACGGUUGCUUCCUCAGGUACGAGAGCGCUGGGUUCUUUGACCAGACUACCCUUCCUGGUAAUGUAGGGCUUUGUAGCAAUAAAACUGCAUCACAAGCUACCGCAUUUAGUGCAGCUGCUGGAAAAUUGCUAGUGGAUCUCCAACUUGCAACACCAAAGAUCAACGGUUUCUUUGCAGCAACUAAGAAUGAAGUUGUUACUAGUGGUAGUGGAAAUGAAACAGUCUAUGGUGUGGCACAAUGUGCAGAGACAAUCAGCAAGACUGGUUGCCAAGAUUGCUUGAAUGUGGCAUACGCCAACCUUCAAAGCUGCCUGCCUGAUACGGAUGGCAGGGCCGUCGAUGCCGGGUGCUUCUUGAGGUACUCUAGUACUUCUUUCUUCCCGGACAACCAGACUACGAACAUAGCGUCCUUCUUAAAAACUGGAGGCAAUUCAAGAAAGAAAGCCAUCAUUAUUGGAGUCGUAGUUGGAGGUGUAGGUCUUCUUAUUCUCAUUGUUGGAGUUCUACUCUAUUUUAAACUUUCAAGAAAGCCCGAGGCUGCUCGUAGAGGUGAUAUUUUGGGUGCAACCGAGUUGCAAGGACCAAUGAAUUACAAAUAUAAAGAUUUGAAGUCGGCAACAAAAAACUUCAGUGAAGAAAACAAACUUGGAGAAGGAGGAUUUGGGGACGUCUACAAGGGUACUCUAAACAAUGGAAAAAUAGUUGCAGUUAAAAAACUAGCAAUUCUCCAAUCCGACAGGGCAAAGGCGAAUUUCGUAAACGAAGUGAAACUGAUAAGUAACGUUCAUCACCGGAAUCUCAUUCGUCUUCUUGGAUGUUGUAGCAAAGGACCAGAGUUACUUCUCAUAUAUGAAUACAUGGCAAACAACAGCCUCGACAGAUUCAUAUUUGGUCCAAAAAGAGGCUCUCUCAACUGGAAACAGCUAAAUGACAUAAUCCUGGGUACAGCUAGGGGUCUUGCCUAUUUACAUGAGGAGUUUCAUGUAUGCAUCAUACAUAGAGAUAUAAAAACCAGCAAUAUUCUUUUGGAUGAUAGUUUCCAGCCAAAAAUUGCAGAUUUUGGGCUGGCAAGGCUUCUACCUGAUGAUCAGACUCAUCUUAGUACCAGAUUUGCUGGAACAUUGGGAUACACAGCACCUGAAUAUGCAAUUCAUGGCCAAUUGUCAGAAAAGGUGGAUACAUAUAGUUAUGGUGUGGUUGUCCUUGAAAUCAUAAGUGGCCAAAAGAGCAGUGAAAUCAAAUCUGAUGCUAUGGGUGAAUUUCUACUUGAAAAGGCAUGGAAACUGUAUGAGAAUGGCAAGCAUGUGGAGCUGGUGGAUCCAAAUCUGGAUCCAAAUGAAUACAAACCAGAAGAUGUAAAGAAGAUUAUAGAAAUUGCUCUGAUGUGCACUCAACCAUCAGCUGCUCAAAGGCCUACAAUGUCCGAAGUUAUAGUUCUACUUAAAAGCACUAGCUCCGUGGAGAAUAGGGCGCUCACUAGGCCUGUUUUUGUUGAUUCUGAUAAGAGAGUGAAGGGAGACACAUCAACCUCUACUGCUUCCUCCACAUCCAACGCCACCGUAUCGGUUUCUCAAGUUUCAGGUCGCUAAGUGCUAAUUAAAGCAGUAUAUUUCAACUCUUGUACUUAAAAUUUGGGAGUUUCUAUUGGUUGUUUAUAGUUUCAAAGCAAAGAUGUAUUUUUAUGUCUACUAGGAUUGUUAACAAUAGUGAUUUCACACUCCUUUUUCUUCAUUUGAACUCCUCUUGGUUUUUCAUGUAAAGCACAAAUGCUAGUUGUAUGGCCCAGAGCCAAACAUUUGAUGUACUUUAAAUCUUUAGUAUUCAAUAAUACUGCAUAACUGCUGAUAUUUACAUGAAUGUUUCAUAAAAUUGAAGUGGAGAAGAAACUAUCUUAAAGAGUUGAGAAUGAGUUUGGGUGGCUUGAGUGAAAACACUUUAUCCAUCAACACAAGGAGAUGGUGAAGGCAUCUUAUUAUGGCGGGAUCAUUUGCAUCCUCCAGAGCCUUUCUUUUUCAGAAUACGGGUAGAUUUUAAUCAUUAAACUAGGAAUGUAAAUGCUAGAUGUUACAAACAUACAAAUCAUAAUCAUAAUCAUAAUCAACAUUACGUAGUUACAAACAUACAAGAUCCAUCCACAAUUGGUACAUAUACAGCAGAAUCAGAGCAUCAUUGUUCCCUCACAGAUACACACAUCACCUUAACACAUGCUCUUAUUCUUUUAUUGAAUUACAUGGAGUUUCUGACUAUGUUUCUUUUUCUUUCAUUCUCUUAUUCGUUUAUGGAAUUACAUAUAU